GCCAGCUCACAGUCCCCGCAGCUGGCUUUGGAGGAGUCCCGGCUGAGAGUGCGGGGAUCCAAGGGACUGAACCGGACCUAGCCCGCCCGCCAGGCCAUGGCGUCCUGGGGGCUCCUUGUGACCGGCGCCUCCUUCGCGGUCUUCCGGGGGCUGCAUUGGACGCUUCAGCUGCUGCCCACGCCAGGAUCUGCUGCCCAGGACAGUUGGAAGUGGCGGAACAUCUGUGUCUCCCUGGUGCACAGCCUGCUCACGGGGGUCUGCGCGCUGCUUGGGUUGUCGCUGUACCCUCAGAUGGCUGCUGACCCCAUUAACGGCCACCCAUCCUGGGCCCUGGUGCUGGUGGCUGUGUCCGUGGGUUAUUUCUUGGCGGAUGGAGUUGAUAUGCUGUUGAAUCAGACCUUGGGCCAGGCCUGGGAACUUCUCUGUCAUCAUUCAGUGGUUGUGAGCUGCCUCAGCACUGCCAUUCUGUCCAACCAGUACGUGGGCCUCUGUGUGGUGUCUCUGCUCCUGGAGCUGAACUCUGUCUGCCUGCACCUACGGAAACUGCUGCUGCUUUCUCACCAGGCCCCAUCCCUGGCCUUCAGCGUGGCCAGCUGGGCCACCCUGGCCACCCUGGCCCUCUUCCGCCUAGUGCCUCUGGGCUGGAUGAGUCUGUGGCUAAUCUGGCAGCAACACCAGGUUCCUCCCCCUCUGGUCAUCCUUAGUGGAACUGGGCUGGUCACUGUGGGUGCCAUAAGCAUCACACUGGGCGUACGUAUUUUGGUCAAUGAUGUCCUGUGGGCUCGGCCCCGCCCACCCAUCCCAGGGCACAAGGAAACUGGGGGCACAAGGAGGUGUCGUGAUGGUGAGCUUGUCGCCAGGGACGAUGCCACUCUCCUCCUGAAAGACUAGAAAGAGGCCUCAGGCUCCUCUUCUGCCAGGCCUGGGGCAGGUAGGGCCAGGAUGGGGAGAUCGUGGUCUACAGUGUCCAGUCCAUUGUGGGGUAAGGACUGGGCUGAAUUUUCAGUAUCUCAGUCCCUCUUCCAAGUAACUCACACCCCUCCCCCAUUCCUAGGAUCUGAGAAGAAAUGCUGAUGUUCUUGGAUGAGUGGGAAACUGGGCUAUUGUUCAGUGAAUUCCAUCAUCAGAUGACUGCUUCUUCUAGCAAACUUCUGGAGGUACAGCCAGUGCUGCCAAUAAGGGGAAGAAGGAGGCAUGAAGCUAAGUGAAACUGCCAAUGACAUCCUCCGCUUUUAGCACAGGAACAGGUGAAGGAAGGCGAGGUCUUUUUUUUUUUUUUUUUUUUUUUA